UGAAGCUGAUGAGGCGGCGCUGCGAGCACAGAUGCAUUGAAUUGUAGCGCAGAUAGCUGCAUCUGAGCCGUCUCUCGCGCCUUGGCCAGCGCCCGCACUGAUGCGCUUCCUGUCGAUGGCUUUGCUGUGCAUGGCUGCCAGGUGCACCAAUGCGUUGCGCGGCGCAGCGGUGCGCAACUUGCGCGGUGUGACGCGCGCGCACGGAGGUAGACUGACCGCAGCACUGCAGAAAAACAGGGCGAGCCUCGCAGCACUACAGCACAGAUGGACAACACAUCUCGCAGCCACGGGCGACGCGGCCGUCGACGCGAUCGAUACUGAUGCCGCUAUACAGACUGUAAAUGACGCGCAGUGGGCACCUAUCUUACAGGAAAUAAGAGGCAAGGCGGGCGGCCCCGGCGCCGUCGCGGCACUGAGACGAGCCGUAGACAAGUACGGGGAAGCGCCCGACGCGGCCUACGCGAGCUGCUUCCCCUUUGAGCUAGAUGAGUAUCAAAUCGAGGCGUUACGACAUUUGAGGAAUGACAGUAACGUGAUCGUGUCAGCGCCUACAGGCAGCGGGAAGACCGUCGCUGGUGAAUUGGCCAUCGCGUAUGCCUUGGCCCAGGACAAACGAGUCCUGUAUACGACUCCCUUGAAAGCGCUGUCGAACCAGAAGUUCGAGGACUUUUGUAGGUUCUUCGGGAGUGAGAACGUGGGAUUAUCUACCGGAGACUCCGGCGUGCGCCGGGACGCUCCUGUUGUCGUGAUGACGACGGAGAUCUAUCGAAAUAUGUUGUAUGAGGACGCGCCUACACCCUUCGCCGUCGUCUUUGAUGAAUUUCACUACAUGAACGAUCCCUCAAGAGGCACGGUCUGGGAGGAGUCCGUGAUUUCUUCUUCGGUCGAGACGAAGCUCGUCGCGUUAUCUGCUACUGUCAGUAAUGAUGAACAAUUGAAGGGCUGGAUGCGGAAGGUCCACGGGCCGACGGAGGUCGUUUCUUCGUCAUUUAGACCGGUGCCGUUGCGAUAUGAAUUUGCGUGCGGGGUGCUGCGGGACGUCGUGCCGUUGUUUCGCGCCGCGGACGUCGGUCCCGGGAGUCCUCGAGAGGCCGACGACGUGAAGAACGGCGGCGCGCGCCAGCGCGCCAAGAAAAGAUUAAGGUUGAACCCGCUGCUCGAACAAGUGAUGGACCGGAGCGAGGCCCCCCGGCGGCGGGGCCGCGGUAAGAAGUCCAACGACCGCGCGCGCGACCGUACACCUACAGCGAUGCGCUGCGCCGACGUGGCCCGCGACCUCCAGCGACGGGACUUGCUACCAGCAAUAUUCUUCGUAUUUUCGAGGAGGGGCUGCGAGGAGGAGGCGAAGAGGGUGGGGAGUUCACUACAACUACUCACACGAGACGAAGAGGUGGAGGCGCGUCAAAUCAUACAAAAUUGGGCGCUGGACAACGAGGCCGUCGCUUCACUAGACUCGGAGAACGAGCGCAUUCAAUUGCUCACGAGAGGUGUCGCGGCCCACCACGCCGGCCUCCUGCCGCAGUACAAGACGCUCGUAGAGGACCUCUUCAAGAAAGGAUUAGUAAAAGCAUGCUUCGCGACCGAGACGCUCGCGGCGGGAGUUAAUUUGCCUGCCAGGACGACUAUAAUAACAUCAUUAAGGAAGCGCGGCGACGACGGUAUCAAACCACUCACGACGGCGGGCCUGCUGCAGAUGGCCGGGCGCGCGGGUAGGAGGGGCAAAGAUAAAGCCGGCACGGUCCUGGUCAUGCGCGGCCACCGCGGCGGUUCAAAUGAUGCCGAUCUAGCGCGGCGCAUCUUGCUGGCGAAGGUGGCUCCUAUUUCAUCACACUUCGCGCCGUCCUACGGCAUGGCCUGUGCGUUACUGAGGAGGCACUCUGGAAGUUUGGAGCGGUGUCAGAGGUUGGUGGAGCGAUCGUUUGGAAGCUAUCUGGCGAAACGAGGCGUCACGAAGGAGAGCGACGUCGAUACGUACCUGAAAUUGGUGAAUGAGGCCCAGGUACGGGCCGAUGUUUAUGAGAAGCUCUUCGACGAUCCCGCAACAUCUGUAGACGUGUUGGCACGGGAGAAGGCUUCACUGCGAGAGGCGCAGCGGGACUUACUUGCGUCGCCCAUCGCCCAGCUCCCGCAAGAGCAACAGCGCCAGGUUUUAGAAACGCGGAGAGAACGCAAAGAAAGUAGAGAGUCGCCCGACUGGCGCAGCUUCGUGGCCAUCACUGGUGUACUAAAACAGUUCGACGCGAUCGAUGGAGACAACACCGUGACGCAGCUGGGCGCGCUCGUCGCCUCAAUAAAGGGCGACAACGAGCUGUUAUUGGCUCUUGCUCUGUUAGAUGAGGCGACGCUGGAAGUGGCAACCCAAGGAUCGCCCGACGAGUUCGCGGCGCUGUGUUCGGCCUUCGUGUCGGAGGUCGGAAGUAGACCAGGGGCCUUCGUGGACUACGGGCCGACGCCGCGCGUGCGGUCCGCUGUGGAUGAGCUCUGGCGUUGUGUACUGCAGCCGCUCGCCGAGGCCCAGAGCGACGCUGGUUUAGGCCCGGAAGACGGCCUGCAUCUACGCUUGGACGAUAGCGCGGCGGGGUUGGUCGAGGCCUGGGCCUCUGGAGCGGUUUCGUGGGAGCAGCUGUCGGAGUCGACAUCUUUAGAUCAUGGUGAUUUGAUAAGAUUAUUGAGACGGACGCUGGACGUGCUGCGGACGACGGCGGGCCUCGACGCUUCUAUAUUACCGGAGGCGUUCGCGCCUAUUCGCGACGUCGCGCGGCGCGCGGCCGUCGCGAUCGACCGGCCGCCGGUCCACGACACGACGUACGACGCGAUCUUCGUGCCGGACGAUGAGUAUCUCUCGGAGGACGACGACGACGACGAGAGCGAUUAAUGUGUGUUCAUAACGCG